AGAGUGUGUGAAUAUAUAUGUAUUGCGCCUGAUACCGUGAAACUUCUUCAAAAAAGGAAGCAGCUUUGGUUUGCUGCAGAUCGAGGUUAGGUAUGGAGAAGAAGUAAAUAAAAACUAAAAAACGGCGAGAAGUUUGUGAUUGUUGAGGCAAAACAACACGGAAUCUGAGAGAGAAGAGGAGAAGACAAAAAGAGAGAGAGAGAGAGAGAGAGAGAUCGGUUUCGUGGCUGAAGGAGAGAUUGUUUUUUAAUUAUUCUCUCAAUCAAUACGGACAUAACCGUCCGUUGUGUUGUUGUGUGUCCUUUGUUUUAUAAAGCAAAUAAAGUUUUGCUUUUUAUUUUUGGGGUUGCUCCAUUGAUGGGCCUUUUCUUUCUUCUCUCUCGUGUUUCUUUCAUGGGGUUUUAGUUAAAAGACUAGUGUUUACUGCGUGCCUCAAGGGUUUUUUCUUCUUCUUCUUCUACUGCUCUCUCAUCUGGGGUUCUUCUUCAAUGGCGAGUGUUGAAAGUGAUGAUGAUUUCAGAACUUCAUUGUCAAGGUCUUAUGAGGAUCAACUAUACACAGAGCUAUGGAAAGCUUGUGCAGGUCCAUUAGUUGAAGUUCCUCGUGCUGAAGAACGAGUUUUCUACUUCCCUCAGGGUCACAUGGAACAACUUGUGGCUUCUACUAAUCAGGGAAUCAAAUCAGAAGAAAUUCCUAAAUUUAUAUUUCCUCCAAAGAUACUUUGUCGAGUUCUUAAUGUCACAUUGAAGGCGGGGCAUGAGACUGAUGAAGUUUACGCUCAGAUCACAUUAAAACCAGAGGAACAUCAAAUUGAACCCACAAGUCUUGAUCCACCUCUGGUUGAACCAGCUAAGCAAAUGUUCCAUUCGUUUGUUAAGAUUUUAACGGCUUCAGAUACAAGCACUCAUGGUGGAUUCUCUGUUCUUCGUAAACACGCCACUGAAUGCUUGCCUGCCUUGGAUAUGACUCAAGCUACUCCUACUCAAGAACUUGUGACUAGAGAUCUUCAUGGCUUUGAGUGGAGGUUUAAGCAUAUUUUCAGAGGACAACCUAGGAGACAUUUGCUUACAACGGGUUGGAGUACAUUUGUAUCCUCGAAAAGACUUGUAGCUGGAGAUGCGUUCGUGUUCUUGAGGGGUGAGAAUGGAGAUUUACGGGUUGGAGUGAGGCGAUUAGCUCGACAUCAAAGCACGAUGCCUACUUCGGUUAUCUCAAGUCAGAGCAUGCAUUUGGGAGUUCUUGCUACAGCUUCUCAUGCUGUGGGUUCAAAAACAAUGUUUGUUGUGUUUUACAAGCCUAGGAUAAGCCAAUUCAUAGUUGGUGUGAACAAGUAUAUGGAAGCUAUAAAGCAUGGCUUUUCUCUUGGUACACGAUUCAGAAUGAGAUUUGAAGGAGAAGAGUCUCCUGAGAGAAUGUAUGUACUCAUUUCUUCUGAUCAUUCUUUUACAGUGUUCUUUGAUUCUGAAAUCUGGAGCGUCUUCAGAUUUACAGGUACGAUUGUGGGAACUGGUGAUCUAUCUUCAGAGUGGCCAGCUUCUAAAUGGAGGUCAUUGCAGGUGCAAUGGGAUGAGCCAACAACAGUUCAGAGACCAGACAAAGUCUCACCAUGGGAGAUCGAGCCUUUCUUGCCAACAUCCCCAAUUACAACCCCUGCUCAACAACCACAAUCGAAAUGCAAGAGGUCAAGACCCAUCGAGCCAUCGGUUAUAACACCAGCUCCACCUAGUUUCUUGUACAGCUUCCCUCAGAGCCAAGAUCCUGCCAAUGCAUCCCUUCAACUGUUCCAAGAUCCAUCACUUGAGAGAAGUUCAGGUGGAUACUCCUCGAACAACAGCCUCAUAGCCGAGACUCCUCCUCCUCCAACGAGUGGUUGCUAUAGGUUGUUUGGAUUUGAUCUCCCAAGCAAUCCCCCUGCUCCAAUCUUUUCAGACAAACAACUAAACGAUACUUAUGGAACUGCCAAGUGUCAAGAACCCAUCACUCCAACCUCAAAGAACGAGCAGAAGAAGCAGCAAACAUCCAAAAGUCGAACUAAAGUGCAAAUGCAAGGGAUUGCGGUUGGCCGUGCGGUUGAUUUAACGCUGUUGAAGUCAUACGAUGAAUUGAUAAAGGAGCUUGAGAGGAUGUUUGAGAUUCAAGGACAGCUUCGUCCUCGAGACAAAUGGGUCGUUGUCUUCACAGAUGAUGAAGGUGAUAUGAUGCUUGCUGGAGAUGAUCCAUGGAAUGAGUUUUGCAAGAUGGCCAAGAAGAUAUUUAUAUAUUCCAGCGAUGAAGUUAAGAAGAUGACAACAAAACGGAAGCUUUCUUCGUCGUUAGAGAAUGAAGAAUGAUGUUAAUCAUCGAAGUAGGUGGUGAGGGUUUAGCUGUUAAUUAAGGUUUAGUCCGGCGACGUCGUUUUUAGUACGUAAGGUUCCAUAGAGACUCGGUCUGUGUAUAUAAAGUCUCUUCUUUCUUUUCAUGUCAAUUUUUUCGGUUGGCGAUUUUAAAUAUUUCGGUUUUGGGACAGUGGUUGAUGGGUCGGUUCACAUCUUUAUGUACUUUGUUGUGUUCCAUAACCAUUCAAUUUUUCAAAACCAAGUAUGUACAUCAGUUAGUUAUGGGUUCGAAGA